UUGACAUCACCACCCCUCCAAACAUCUGUACCCCCAUCAGCACACCUAUCAAAGCCUUCUUUACCCAAACGUUUUCCUUCAUCAUCACAAAAAAAAACUUCAUCUUUUCAGCCACAACAUCCACCCAGUCACUCAACAUUUUCACAAAAAACUGCAAGCAGCUUCUCAGUUAAAAAUCAACACGCUUUUCAAUCUAAAAUUCCUCCCCAAACUACCACACCUAGCAGUCAUCAACAGCCUCAAAAUAGUGGACUUCCAGUUCAAUCGAAAAAUAUCGCAGAAGCUUAUGAGUGCACAACGCUUACUUGUCUCUGCAUAUACGUUCAUGGUAUAUCAUUAUCCACAUUAGGCAAGCAAAGUAUAAGAAAAGAGUAUCGCCGUCUAACUGAGGAUGAACGAAUGCGAUUUCAUAACGCUGUGGAAGAAAUUAGGCGUUCAGGUGAAUACGACAAGAUAGCUCAGUGGCAUGCAGAUCCAGAGAAGUGUGGAGGAGCUCAUUCAGGUCCAGCAUUUCUACCGUGGCAUCGAGAGUACUUAAAACGAUUUGAAUUUGCUUUACGAAUUGUUGAUCCUGACGUUGCCAUUCCUUACUGGGACUCAACGCUUGAAGGACAACUUCAAGAUGGAAAAGAUUCAUGUCUUUUUGAAUUGGAGCUUAUGGGAAGGUUUAAGCGAACAGUCAGUAAUCAUAGUGAUGAACCCCAGCAGGGCUGCCAUUACAAACCUACUUGGACAAGUUUGGAAUACAGUAACGGCAAUGUGAUUUUGUGGCUAGGUGGACCAACUUUUCAACCGUCCGAUUCUGCCAAUAAUCCUUUGUUCUUCAUGCAUCACGCUUUUCUUGACAAACUUUGGGAAGAUUGGAGACAACGAAAACAAGCUAGCUUUAAGCACUGUUUCAACAAAUUCCAUUUUGCAAACAGCCUUAUGAAGCCUUUUAAUCGAUUAAAGAAUAUUGACGGCAUCAGUGAUCAUUACACUACCGAGCUUUAUCGAUACGAUUCCAGACCUCAGUGUUUGUCUGGCGCUGACCAUGAGUGCGGCAGCAGAUAUCUUUUCUGUGAUCGUUCCCAUGGGACACCACACUGUGCGGCCAAAGUACGACAUGGCGGAAAUUGUAUAGGUUUUGAGAACAAUGAGAAUCCUUGUAUUUCUGGACGUUGCAACGAUGAUUCUUUACCAAUUUUCAGUGGAAGUUUCUCAAAAUACGCAUUAACUUUUUUCUUUCUUAACUGCAAAGAAGUUCUGCUGGUGUCGUUUACAUUUAACGGCAGAGCAAUCCGUGUAGAAAUAUUUUGA